AUGACAGCUCAAUCAGGAAAAACAGCAGCAGCAGCACGCAAAACCAUCAUCACAGACGAGCCCUACACCAUAUUUUCACUAUGGAAAAAACGUUGGAUUGUUCUCUUGGCCUCUGUAGCCGCGUUCUUUGCACCAUUCUCUGUCAACAGCUACUUUCCAGCAAUGAAUAAAGUUGAAAUGGAUUUAAAUAUCACAUCACAACAAGUGAAUCUGUCUGUCACUGUUUUCAUGAUCUGGCAAGCCUUAUCACCUUCUUUCUGGAGUUCCUUGGCGGACACGCGUGGCCGUCGACCUGUAUAUAUUGCAACUCUGCUCAUCUACAUCCUGGCAUGCGCGGGUCUUGCUCUUGUAACCAACUACACAUUACUUCUUGUCUUUCGAAUGCUCCAGGCAUUUGGUGCCGCCUCAGUCAUUGCUAUUGGCGCUGGUACUAUCGCCGAUGUGACACACCCUGCAGAGCGAGGUGGCUAUAUUGGAUGGUACUCUCUGGGAUGGAAUCUUGGCCCAGUUAUCGGUCCUGCCGUUGGCGGUGUCGUUUCCCAAUAUAUGGGGUGGCGAUGGAUCUUUUGGUUCCUAGCCAUUUUCGGUGGUGCUCACUGGAUCUUGCUUGGCUUUUGUCUUCCCGAGACUUUGCGAUCCCUCGUCGGCAACGGCUCUGGCUAUGCCAACCCAACACCGAUACAAUGGUGGCGUCAUCGACAGGAACAGAAAAACAAAACGCAACAACAAAUCGAUGAAGAAAAGCGACAGUCGACGGCUACGUUUGCCUCAAGAAAGAAGAAGAAGACAAAGUCCUGGACCCAAUGGUUUCUUGGCCCCGUUCAGCCAUUGCUCUACGCCAAGGAAAAGGAUAUCUUGCUCCUGCUCGUCUACUACAGUGUCCAAUACGCAUCAUGUUACGCUGUUACUACCAGUGUCCCUUUUUUGUUCAGCAAACUUUACAAUCUCAACGAAGUCAUGCUUGGCUUUUCAUAUUUUCCAAAUGGCAUUGGCUGUAUCGUCGGCUCGAUCGUGCAAGGCAAGAUUUUGAAUCGGGAUUAUCAGCGUAUGCGACGACGUAGCUCUACCAUGCCGUCAACAACACAACACAUCGAUCUGGAUCUUCCUAUUGAGCAUGCCCGUAUGCGGACAGUAUGGAUCCACUCACUUAUCUUCAACAUUCUUCUUGUCGUUUAUGGCUGGUGUCUUUACGUCGGUGCACACAUUGCUAUUGCUUUGUCAAUCCAAUUUUUCUUGGGUUUUACAUCGCAAGCUAUAUUCAAUGCAAUCCAAACGCUCCUCGUCGACCUGUAUCCCACACGCUCAGCAUCAAUUACUGCAUCCAACAACAUCUUCCGUUGUCUUGCUGGUGCUUUAGCUACCACUGUCGUCUUACCAGCCCUUCAGCUGCUCGAUGCUGGCUGGACUUUUACAAUUGCAUCCGGUAUACUUUUGGUGUCCCGGAUUCCCUUGUAUUUUGAGCUCAAGCAUGGUCCCCGAUGGCGUCGUGAGCGAGCUGAGCGCCUGGCUGCGCAACAGCAAAAAUAA